AAGUACAGUAUUUCACACCUGCAUAACCAUGUAAGAGGUAUCUUAUCUGAGCAAAGGUCAGAAGACUUCUGAGAUGACUUGACCUGUGAUGGAACAACUCUUCUAGGAAACUACUGGAGUACUUCAGCAACAGGCACCCAGCAUCUCUGCCCCAACUGAUCUGUGUCAAAGUCCAAAAUGAACCACACUUGGACAUACAACUUGAGCUUUGGUGCACCUGCAGAUCCUGUUGAGCCAAGGGCUGGACUCACAAGAAGUGGGCACACAGUAGUGGCUGUUUUUCUUGGAUUCAUCUUUUUUUUUGGUUUCUUGAAUAACUUAAUUGUCCUCAUCCUCUUCUGCAAAUUUAAAACCCUUCGUAACCCAGUCAACAUGCUCCUCCUGAACAUCAGUAUCAGCGACAUGCUAGUGUGCAUCUCAGGCACUACCCUCAGUUUUGCAUCUAACAUUCGUGGCAAGUGGAUUGGAGGGGAGCAUGCUUGUAGGUGGUAUGGCUUUGUCAAUUCCUGCUUUGGAAUCGUGUCCCUGAUCUCCCUGGCCGUCCUGUCCUACGAGCGCUACAGCACUCUCACCCUGUGCAGCAAGCGCAGCGAUGACUACCGGAAGGCAUUGCUGGCAGUUGGAGGUUCAUGGAUUUAUUCCCUGAUCUGGACUGUGCCACCUCUGAUCGGUUGGAGCAGUUAUGGGGUAGAAGGUGCAGGUACAAGCUGUUCAGUACGGUGGUCCUCAGAGUCAGCUGAGUCCACAUCCUAUAUCAUCUGUCUCUUCAUAUUCUGCUUAGUCAUCCCUGUGAUGGUCAUGAUGUACUGCUACGGUCGCCUCCUUUAUGCAGUUAAACAGGUUGGAAAAAUCCACAAGAAUGCUGCCCGCAAAAGAGAAUACCACGUACUGUUCAUGGUGAUCACUACAGUUAUUUGUUAUCUUGUGUGCUGGAUUCCCUAUGGAGUUAUAGCAUUACUUGCAACAUUUGGUAAGCCAGGUGUUGUGACUCCAGUUACAAGCAUCAUACCUUCCAUCCUAGCAAAAAGCAGCACUGUUUGCAAUCCUAUUAUCUACAUACUUAUGAAUAAGCAGUUUUACAAAUGCUUUCGGCAGCUUUUCCACUGCCAAUCUCCUUCCUCCACUAAUGGAGAGCCCACCUGCCACUCCAAGGUAACUGUCAUCCAGCUGAAUCAAAGGAUGGAUGGUGAAAAUGUGUGCAACAAUGAACCAUAUCCAGAAAGAGACAGUAAAGUGACUUCUCUCCUGCACUCAGAGCCAAGCCUGGAGCCAAUUUCAAAAGCUAUACCACCACAGUCUUAGGAAAAUUGGCUCUGAUGAAAGGUGCAAGCCUUAACCAAAGUGUGUUUUAUUUCACUACCACAUCACUAAGCUUACUUUAAAAGUAAUAAAGGAAGUUGCCAUUUGUGGGAUUGGAAAACUGUCAAGAACAAAAAUUGUGACUCUUUCAUAAUCUCCUUAAUAACAGUAAAGAUAGGCACAUAACUGCCAGGUAUGGUUCCAUGACGACAAAAUUUUAAACAGUAUCAUUGGCUUUCCUGUAAAUUAAUUAAAGGAGGACUUACAAGUGGUAGAGUUUUAGUUUUUAAUGAUCUUUGGUUCAGUGCCCUCCAGAAUCAAUCUAAAAGGCAUGUUGGGCUAUCUAGUUUCGCUCCUUACCUUUCCUGCCUUCUUCCAUCUAGUGCAUGUCUUGAGAUUUCAGAUUACAUUGCUCAUAAAUAACUGUAACUUCUGACAGUCCAUUCACAUUUUCACUCACGCUGCACAGUGAUGUUUGGCAGGAGGAAAGACAGUGACUUGACAAGCUAGUUUCUGAGUGGUAGCAGCUAACUUAUAUCUUGUGUCAAAAUCUAGGGUCAGCAAACUAAAAGAUGAGCUACAACAACAUGUAGAGAUUACCACAUUCAGCAGUGUCCCUGUGCUGGAGGCUUAUCUGUCCUGGUAGAAACAGGAACACUCCUGAUACUUCCAGACCUCAUGCACACAUCAAAUGCUCAAACCCUACUCUGGGGAAAAAUGGUGGUCAGUGCCAGACACUUUUUCCUUUAGCCCCUCUAACACCAAUGACCUCCAGCCAAGGAGACCAAGUGUGGUACAGCCAGCCAUCCAAACCAGCCAUCUUCUUUGUAUGAAUACAGUCCUCUCUAAAAACGGGAAAGAAAUGGGUUAAUUUCUGUCUCAUGCCUUGAAGGAUGUGAAUCCCCCUCCAUGUAGGACAGUCUUAGUGUUGUAGAGCUAUUACUGCAAACUCAGUUCACAAAAAAACCAUUAAUUGAGCAUCUUUAAAAGAAUAGCACCAGUUUAGACAUUAGGACAUUUACAUUAGUCCAUGUACUAGGAUAUAUUCAGUUUUUAUUCUAUUUUCUUUCUAAUGUGAUGUCUAGCUUGUUUUUCUUAAUUCCCUAAAACAGGGCUGGCAACAGAGCUCCCCAGACUACAGGUCUCACAUUCCAUCCCAUGUUUUUUCAUACCACUCUUCAACUCAAUUUCUCUCUGCUUGGUUUUAACAACAUCACAGUGAUUUACUGACACCUGUAUCCAGCAGGUGUAAGUAUGCCAAGCUGUCUAUAUUUUCAUCUACCUCACAACUCACUUUUCCCAUCUUCCCUUCUCUCCUAAAGGUCACCUUCAGUGAUCUUAAGAAUUUUUUAAAUUGCCAAUAGCUUUUUGGCACUUAAAUAACCCCCAAAUUUUUUUUUUACACUAUAUUCGAACUUUUAUGUGUUGGAUGCAGUCUCAAAGAUAAAGAAAAGGUAUGUGCCUGACUGCUUACUGACUUAAUCUUGGUUCUGUUAACCCAUUUUGCUUGGCCAUCUAUUCUGAGAACUCCUAUGUUGCUUUCUAUU